AUGGCAGACACCUCAUCAAAAUCGAGAGAGUUGGAACAGGAAGCAGAGAUUAUUCCUGCCAUUAGACAUGACGAUGCAGAAUGGAAAAUGAUUCAACAGAAUACAUUUACCAGAUGGGUGAACAACCAUCUAAAAAAGGCAAACUCGUCCAUAGCGACUUUGGAAAACGAUUUCUCGGAUGGCUUAAAACUUAUCGAACUUGCUAUGGUUCUUUCUCAGAAAAAUCUAGGGAAAUUCAACAAGAAGGUCAUGUUCCGUUCACAGAAGUUAGAGAACGUUUCUUUGGCUUUGAACUUUUUCCAAGAUGCUGAAAAAAUCAAAAUAGUUAACAUAGACAGUUCUCACAUUGUGGACAAAAACAAAAAGCUCAUUCUAGGAUUAAUAUGGACUCUAAUUCUUCAUUAUUCCAUUUCCAUGGGUUUAAUCACGGAGAAACGCGAAGGUCAUCCUGAAGAAACUCCAAAGCAAAAGUUGCUUUCUUGGAUCAGAUCCAAACUUCCAGGUGGAAUGCCUCUUACCAAUUUCACGUCUGACUGGAAUGAUGGUGUUGCAUUGGGUGCUCUCGUGAAUGCUCUAGUUCCAUCUGCUUGUUCCGAUUGGGAAAGCUGGCACCCAGCGAACUCAUUAAAGAACACCGAACAAGCCAUGAAGAGUGCUCAAGAAAAGUUGUCUGUCGAACCUUUAAUCACUUCGGCUGAGUUAAUCCACCCCGAAAUCGAUGAGAUGUCUGUAAUGACAUACUUGUCACAAUUCCCUACAGCAAAGCCCGUAUCAUCUCCCGCUAAACCUCUUCCACCUCCAAUUGCUGUGCCAAGUGUUCGCGGAGAAUUCGUUGGUCUUGAAGAUUUCCCAACAGUUCAUACACCAUUGGAGUUUGCUAUUCAAAUCUCAGAAGAAGGUUACCGACCAAAGGUUACAAGUCAGGAUCCUCAAGGAAUUGAUUUACAUCAUACGAUCAAUAAAAAGAAUUCUCAGUUGUAUUCAGUCAAGUGUACUCCAACCAAAGUUGGCGACCACAAAUUUCAACUGUUUCUGGUUGAUGUAGCUACAGCAGAAACUACUCCAGUGGACGAUGCAACUGUCACUAUCAAAGUCCUACCUUCACCUCGUCUCGUACCCUUUACUGACCGUGUCAAGCUUGGAGAUCAGGUCAAGUUUCAAGUUAAAGAUGCGCUUAUGGGCUUAGUCGAUAUUGUCAUAGUAGACCCUGCUAAUUCUGAGAUUCAUCUUCCUGUUCUUGAAGAACAAUCCGGAUUUCAUAGUGCAGAUUAUAUUCCAUCAAUAAAGGGACUUCAUACCGUAAAUGCAUUUUAUCGCAAAUCACGUAUUGAAGGAAGUCCAUUUGCUCUCCAUGUUCAUGAAAAAAUCCCUGAGUUCAAUAUUUGGGGAAGAGGAUUGAAAGAUGAUGGUGUCCGAGUAGGAGACGAAGUCCCCAUCUAUCUCACCCCUAUUGGAUCAGAAAGCAGUACAGAUGACGAUGUAGAGAUCAGUGUGACUGAUCCAGCUGGUCUUGCUGUACCUAUCACUGAACCUAGUAGGCAUACGCCAACUAGAGUGUUCACAUACACUCCUUCCAGUUCUGGAAAACAUAAAGUUGAAGUGAAAAGUAAAGAUUCGGCUUUGGGAAAAUCCCCAUAUUUUGUUGAUGUGUUACCGGAAACUAAUUCUGCUGUUCGUGCGUAUGGACCCGGUCUUCGAGGUGGAGUUGCUAAUAUGCCUAGUGUUUUUGAAGUACUGACUAAUGGUCACGCAGACUCCUUAUCUUUCUCAAUUGAAGGACCGAGUAAGACUACCAUUCAGUGCUUGGACAAAUCUGAUGGUGUUGCCUCUGUUGCUUACACGCCUACUGAGCCAGGAAUUUAUUCUGUUAACGUGUUAGCUGGCGGUGAACACAUUCAAGAUUCUCCUUUCGUGCUUAAUGUUGAUCCUUAUGAUAACUCAUUCCAACCGGGAGCUGUUCGAAUUACUGGUCUUGAUUCCAAUACCAUUCAUCGUACUCAUGAGCCUGUUAUCUUCCAAAUCGAUUCUAGAAGAUCAGGAGUACCGGAUCCGGUCGAGUUAGUUGUUUUCAACAACAAUAUGGAAAGUAUACCAGUGAAAAUAACUGAGAAAACACCUGGAAUGUAUGAUGCUGAGUUUAUACCUGACCAGCCUGCCAAGUAUCACGUUGAUGCUAGUUUAAGAGGAGUAGCUGUUCCAGGAGCUCCAUUCUCGAUAACAGCCAAAGAGCCUGUGGAUAUAUCUAAGUUGCGUAUGUAUGGACCCGGCAUUGAAGGACCUGUAUAUAGUCAAGAGCCAACUCACUUUACUAUCGAUGCCAAACAAGCUGGAACGGGUGUAGUCGAAGUCUCUCUUGAUGACAGAGCUGGAAGAGCUGUUGAUAUUGACGUGUUGGAUAACAGUGAUGGUUCUUUCACUGUUAAAUACACUGCCCCAAGACCAGGAGCUUACCAAUUGAAUGUCGUCUUUGCUGGAGAAAAAAUUCCACCUAUUCAAAUUAAUGUGAAACCUCAUGUAGAUACAUCUGGAAUUCAUGUGGACUUCUUAGAAAACGCUAUCGUUACCGUUAAUUGUGAGAAGGAGUUUCAUGUCUUUACUGCUGAUGGAGAUAACACCAGAAUAAUCAUCACCAGCCCUUCGGGCGAAGUUGUUGAAGCGAUCAUUGAAUCCACUGAAAGUGGUGUGCGUGUACGAUUCACACCUUCUGAAAUAGGAGAUUACAAGAUCGAUGUAACAUACCAAGAUUUGCCAGUACCAGGCUUCACCCCUGUAUAUAUGCAUUCAGUUGCCCCUGGUCCCAGUGGUAUGCCUACUGGAGCUAGAUCCCAAAUUGCAGAAGCAGAGUACGUUGUCUCUCGUACUGGUCCUGCAAGACCAGAUUUAGUUGUUGUCUCAGGCCCUGGUCUAGGUCCUGUAGUUGCCCAAUAUUCCACUUCUGUAACUAUUGAUACCAGCUCCGCUGGUUUUGGUGAUAUAGAUUUGUUUGUUGAUGGCCCUACAAGAACUCCUGUACAUUGUGUUGACAAUCAAGAUGGCACAUUGACCAUGCAUUAUGUGCCAAAAGUUCCUGGACUGUACUGGUUGAGGGUUAUGUUCGAUGAUGAACAUAUCCCUGGAAGCCCUUUCCAGAUAAUGGCUGUCGCUCCCCUUAUACCUAGUCCUUCACUUUUACAAGCUGAAAGAGAAGCUACUGAAAGCUCGUUCAGUGGAUCUGUUUUGAUUGGACACAGAUGGAACAUCAGUGUUGACACCGGAGUGCAGAAACAAAAGACGCAAGGUUUAGAAGUUGUUGCUGUAAUUAAAGACAAGGAAUAUUUGAUUCCUAUGAAAACGAACGAAACUAAGUACACCGGGACAUUUGUUGCUACGGAAGCUGGCGAAGUGAAGUUCAAGGUACUUUUCGACAACUUACUUGUGAAAGAGUAUGUUGUAAACGUUGCUCCUGGUUGUGAUGCUUCGAAAUGCAAAGCAACUGGGCUUGGGUUGACUGAAGGAGUUGUGAAUGCUCCAUCUACUUUCCAAAUCAAUACACAGAGUGCUGGUGUAGGGGAUCUGGCAGUUGAUAUUGCUGGUCCAUCAGAUACUGAAUCACGUAUCGUAGACCAUGAAGACAGAACAUGCACAGUUGAAUUCAUCCCUAGAGAACCUGGUACAUACACAGUUGAUGUGAUGUACGGCGACAAGAGGGAAAAAAUCCCUGGCUCUCCUUUCAAUUGCAACGUGGAUUAUCCUAUCGCACCUUCGACUGUGCAAGUUUGUGGACUUGACCAACCUCUCAGAAACCGUCAGCCUUUCGACUUCAUCAUUGAUGCCUCUAAAACUAAGAUCGGACCAAUAACAUGCAGAGUACCUCCAGUUUAUCAACAACCACUCGUACUUCCAACUUCGAAAUCAAAAAGAAUUCACAAAGUUCGAUUCACCCCUGUGGGCGAUCCUGGUGAAGAGAUACCCUUAGAAGUUUUUUAUUGCGAUGAACCUGUUGGGAAUAGUCCUUAUCUUCUCAAACUUUUGCCAGAAGUUGACGUUCACAAUUUAACGUUGAAGAACGAUUUAGGAGGAGUUCUGAAAAACGUGCGAGCCAAGAAGAAUGCAAGGUUGAUGCUUGAUGGGAGUAAUUGUGGUUAUGUUAAAACUCUGCAAGCUGAUGUUCUGGGCCCUGAUGGUUGUUCUCGUGAGUGCACUAUUGAACCACAUGAAAACAAGGGAUUAUUCAUUAUAACUUUCCCUGUCGACAUGGCUGGCAAAUAUAAAAUAGCUUCUUCCAUCAAUGGCAUUAGUUCACCACCCCAAUUUGUGAGCAUAGUACCUGUAUCGGAACCGGGCGAUGCUGUUUUGAAAAAACCACUGAACUUACAAGACUGCCACAUUCCAUUGAAUGUUCCAUCUAGUCUUACAUUCGAAUUGAAAGAUGAUCCAGACCUCAAUCUUGCUAUUAUCCCGACUGUGAAAGACGCUGUGGAUAUCAAGAGAAUCAGUCAGAAACUGCCAUCUGGGAAAGUCUUGGAAGAAGUUAUUCUGACUCCCUUGGCGCCAGGUGUAAACUCAAUUGCCUUCUUCUUUGGCGGAAUCAAAGUUCAUCAAAUUGAUUACAAUGCAGUUGCUCAAUCACAACUUGACCCCAAGGAAAGUGUUGACAAGUUCGAACGCGAUUAUACAGUUGCGCCAAACUCCAAGCCUUUCCAACAAUUAGAUUUUAAGUUUGAUAUUCCUGCAAGUCCAAGUGGUUCUGAUAAGUUAGAAGCUUUUGUGACCAUGCCAUCUGGAAGUCGCGACGUUGCUCAAAUUAUAGAUAACCAUGACGGAUCGGUUCUGGUAAAGUACCAGCCAAAAACUCAUGGACAGCAUGAACUUAGUAUUGUUCAAAAUGGAGCUGCUGUUAAUGGAUCUCCUCUCAAAUUCUUUGUUGAUGCCUAUGGUGAUGGUCUAGCUACCGUUUAUGGUCCUGGGCUUUCCAAUGCUGUUGUUGGUGAACCCGCUCAUUUCACCGUUUGUGCCAAAGGUUCCAAUGCCAAAGAACUUUCUGUUAGCAUUGAGGGUCCAGCCCAAAGUACUAUCAAGAUUCACGACAACAAAGACGGAACAUGCUCUGUCAAUUGGACACCACCAGUCCCUGGAGAGUACAAAGUGCAUGUAAAGCUUGGUAAGCAUGAAGUCAAGGAAUCUCCUUUCCGCGUACUUGUUGCUGGAUCCGGACAGAAACGUGCUCAUCUUUCUGUCGGAUCUACUUCUGAAGUAGCUCUCACUAUUGCCAACAGUACUGAAAUCAAGGGAAUUUCUGCUUCCAUUAAAUCUCCAUCUGGUAUUGACGAGCCCUGUCUCUGUCGUCUCAUUGACGGUGGAAAACUUGGUGUUUCGUUUACUCCAAGAGAGGCUGGUGAGCACUUGAUUACUGUAAAAAGAGAUGGAAAGCUCGUAUCGAAGGCUCCAUUCAAAGUCAAGGUUGACAAGAGUCAGGUUGGAGAUGCCAGUAAAGUGGAAGUUACUGGAAAAGGAAAAGCUGCGGCUGUCUGCAUGCAAGACAACGAAAUUAUUGUGGAUACGACAAAAGCAGGAUACGGAGGGUUGUCUGUGUCUGUUCAAGGACCUUCGAAAGCUGAGCUCACAUGCAAAGAAGUAAAAGCUGGACUCAUCAAGGUCAUGUACAAGCCUACUGAACCCGGAGUUUAUGCCAUUGCAGUCAAGUUCGCUGAUCAUCAUGUAAAAGAUAGUCCUCUCACCGUGAAUUGUACAGGAAAAGGAGCUGGAACUAUCCAAUCAGUUCUCAAGAAGAAAACUGAACAGGCCGCUAUGUGUUUGCCAAACCAGGAAGCUGUGCUCUACAUGAAACUUGCUAGCUGUUCUCCAAUGGAUACCACAGCUCGCGUAAUGGACCCCAAAGGAAAGACCGAAGAUGUUGAAAUGAGGGAUACUGGAGAUAACUAUUACCUCAUUAAGUUCCGUCCAGCAAUGGAAGGAGUACAUAAUUUGUCCAUAUUACAUCGUGAUACUCAUGUGAAUGGAUCUCCAUUCCAAUUCACAGUUGGAUCAUUCAAAGAAGGAGGAGCUCACAAGGUUCGUGCUUCUGGUCUUGGAGUUGUGAGAGGAGAAACCAACAAUAAGCAAUACUUCAACGUUUACACUCGUGAAGCAGGAGCAGGAGAUCUUUCUGUUACAAUCGAAGGACCAAGCAAGCCAACUUUCGAAUUCAAAGAUCACAAGGAUGGCAACUGCCAUGUCGAAUAUCAGGUCGCUGCUCCCGGAGAAUACAAUGUUUCUGUCAAGUUCAAUGACAUACAUAUUCCUGAUUCUCCAUUCAAGGUUUUCAUCGCGGCUGCUACUGGAGAAGCUCGUAAGCUUGAACUUGCAUCUUUCCACGAUCAAAUCCCAACUGGAAAGGCGUUCACUUUCACUGUUCUCACUCACAGAGCUAGAGGUCAUUUGGAAGCUAAAGUAACCACUCCUGGUCAUCUCACUGAGACCAUCGAUAUUGUUCCAAUUGAAGAGGGUGAAAGCUAUGCUCUUCGUUUUAUUCCAAAAGAAUCUGGAAACCAUUACAUUCAUGUUACCUUGGAUGGAGCUCCAAUGAGAGAUUCUCCAUUCCGUAUUCGUGUUGGUGGAGCUGAUCUUAGUGAUCCCACAGCCAUUCACGCUGAAGGUGAAGGAUUAUUAGGCGGAGAAACAGGCCAUAAAUGCGAAUUCGUAAUCAAAACGGUGAAUGCAGGAUCUGGAGUUUUGACUUGCCAAAUCGAUGGUCCCAGCAAAGUCACUUUAGACGCCUAUGAAACCACUCAAGGAUAUAAAGUCCGCUAUACCCCUCUCGCUCCCGGUGACUACUUUGCUGCUGUCAAGUAUAACGGAGUUCAUAUCCCUGGAUCACCAUUCAAAAUCGUCAUUGACGGAAAAGUUCUCGGUGGAAACGGCUAUAACGAGUCUUCUGAAGUCAAAGUUGAUGCUCGUGCCAAGACAAGUCAAGGAAACGUCGCUACUGUACCCGAGUAUAAAGGAGAUGCCUCGAAGGUUGUUGCUAAGGGUGCUGGUUUAAAUAAGUUCUUCCCUGGACGUCCAUCUGUUUUCACAAUCGAUACUGGAUUAGCAGGCACAAACCUCUUGAUGGUUGGUGUAGUUACAACGAAAGGACCAUGUGACGAAGUAAUCGUCAAGCAUCAAGGAAAUGGUCACUAUGCUGUUAACUAUCGUAUUCCCGAUCGUGUGAAAGGAUUUGUAUUUAUUAAAUAUGGAGACCAGGAGAUACCCGGUAGUCCAUUCUCCAUCACGCCAUAA